AGGGGGCGACGAAAGGUUUCGUUUACAAAGUGUCCAGGUCGCCAGCUGUUCAACGUAUCCAUCAUCACAUUACUUGUAGGCGUUUUAAGUUCAUGUAAAUCCCGGUUGUUUGUGUUUUAGGUGGGAAAACGCUGUUAAACGGUCUUGUUUUCAUUUUUUGGGAAGGGGGGGAACCUUUUAGCGGCGCAUCGCAUUCCCACACGGACUACUGUCACACCGGGAUCGUAAAUACACCGUCGCUGUUGCACCCUUCGGUCUGGCGGAGAGAGACGAUGUGGAUUUAAUAAAGAAUGUCACCGUUUAAAUGAAUCAAAUCGGUAUUUUCACUCGUCGUGGAAGCAGAGUCGUUAAGUUCCCUGGUUCCGGUGUCAGAGUGUGAACAAGUUCAGCAAUGGAGUCGUGUCGGCGGACCGGACUCAGCGGGGUCCUGUGCUCCCUGUCACUGCUGUGUGUCAUCCUGGACAUCCAGCUGGACGGUGUCUUAGGGGCAACUCAUGUCGAGAUUGAGCACCACUUGGAGAUGGGCCGCAAACUUUUGGCUGCCGGUCAGCUGGCUGAAGCCUUGUCCCACUACCACUCUGCUGUGGAGGGAGACUCAAAGAAUUACCUGACCUACUACAAGCGAGCUGCGGUGUUCCUGGCUAUGGGCAAAUCCAAAUCUGCCCUGCCAGACCUGACCAGAGCCAUCCAGCUCAAGCCUGACUUUUUGGCUGCCAGGUUGCAAAGAGGGAAUAUUCUGUUAAAGCAGGGCAACACACAGGAGGCCAGGGAAGACUUUGAGGCAGUGCUGCAGCGCUCUCCAGACCACGAAGAAGCUCACGACCAGCUGAUGAAAGCAAACGAGCUGGAGGAGCUACAGGAGGAGGCCCAUGCUGCAUACCACCAAGGGGAUUACAGCGCUACCAUCACUGUGCUGGAGAGAGUUAUCGAGAUCUCUCCCUGGGAUCCUGAGUCGCGGGAGCUUCGUGCGGAGUGUUACAUCCGAAUGGGCGAUCCCCAGAAAGCCAUCCAGGAUCUGACACCGACAACAAGGCUACGCAACGACAACCGCGCUGCCUUCCUGAAGCUCAGCAUGCUGCACUACAGCCUCGGAGAACACCACGAGUCACUCAAUCACAUUCGAGAGUGUCUGAAGCUCGACCAGGAUGACAAAGAGUGUUUCAGCCAUUACAAGCAGGUGAAAAAGCUCAGCAAGCAGCUGGACUCAGCAGAAGAGCUCAUUCAGCAGGAGAGGUAUCAGGAGGGCAUUGAUAAGUAUGAAUUAGUGAUGAAAACGGAGCCUAAUGUUGUAUACUACACCAACCUGGCCAAAGAGAGGAUCUGCUUCUGCCUUGUCAAGAUUAGGUUGGCUCAGGAGGCAAUCGACGUGUGCUCAGAGGCCCAUCAGAGAACCCCCCGCAACGCCAACGUCCUCCGAGACCGAGCAGAGGCUUACAUCCUCAACCAGGACUACGAGAAAGCGGUGGAGGAUUACCAGGAGGCAAGAGAGUUUGAUGCCGAUAGCAACGAUAUCAGAGAAGGACUGGAACGAGCACAGAAACUGCUCAAAAUCUCUCGUAAGAGGGAUUACUAUAAGAUCCUCGGCGUCAGCAGGAGCGCCAACAAGCAGGAGAUCAUCAAGGCAUACAGGAAGCUGGCACAGCAGUGGCAUCCUGACAACUUCCAGUCCGAGGCAGAGAAGAAGGAGGCGGAAAAGAAAUUUAUCGACAUUGCGUCAGCUAAAGAGGUCCUAACCGACCCAGAAAUGAGGCAGAAGUUUGAUGCUGGUGAGGAUCCCCUGGACCCUGAAAACCAGCAAGGUGGAGGUGGAGGACAGCAGUCCUGGCCUUUUCAUUUCAACCCCUUUGAAUCUGGGGGCAGCUUCCACUUCAAGUUCCAGUACAACUAGACUAACUGGGGGAACCCUACGAACACGAGGGUGGGUGGGUACAUUUUCGGAUGGAUGGGACACUGGGGGAAGAUCUGCGGCAGAUUUGUGGAGAAGUCUUCCUCCAGAACUUGUGGGUCAGCUUGAACACGGUUUUGUGGGUCACAUGAACCUUUGAUUUUUCAUGCUUUUGUCUGGACAGCGGAGGCUUGAGUUUUUUUUAGUGAAAAAGACUGGAUUUCUUACCACAUAAACUGAGGACCUAGCUGUGGCUACCUUUGAACUAACUUGUCCUUGUGGUUGAAGAAAAUGAAGUCUUGCGUCAACAUGUCAGACUCCUUAGGAAUGGAAAGGUGGUGGUUGAAACUGGACUUUUUUCUUUCUUUUUCAGGACGUCUGCUCUCAUUGCCCAUUUCUUUCUUUGUGCCAUUUUUUGAAAUUUCAUCGAGGGUUUUGUUUUUUAAUGCAGUAGCUCCUGCUUGGACGUUACAUAGAAGGCUGUCAGAUUGCUGGUUUUCUGCUCGCAGUAUUCUUUAAAGGAAUUACAUGUUUACUGAGCUCAGUCUCUAUUUUUGACCAUGUCAAAGCGUCUCUAGAGAACCAAAUUUAUUUGUAUUUAAUGACAUCAAGAGAAACAUGUUGUUGAGCUUCCAUGUUAAUGGUAUGUAGGUGAGACUUUAGCACUAUUAGAUGAAACUUGCGGGUGUAAAAGUUUUGAAAUCCUAUGGAUCUUAAAUCGGUGUACUCGCUCUGUGAUUGUUUAUGAUUUGGUUUUAGAUUACCUUUGGUUGCUGCACAGUUAUCUAAUUGGAAUAAUGUGUAAAUUCUGCAUUUUGGUUGGAAAUUAUAUUUUCAGCAGGCUAUAUAUCCAACUGCAAACAUUGUGGAUGUAAGUAAAUUUGAAGAGCUGGUUAAAACGCAAAGAAUAACUGAAAAAAAAAAACCUGUCACUAUUUACUACACAAAGAUGGAAAACUGAGGACUGCGUCCAGAGCUGCAGUAUUUCUCUUUCCUUCUUCACUCAUUUCAAAGCAUGUCUUUGAACACUUGCACUUUUACCCUGUGUUUGAAAAACCACUCCACAUGUUUUCCACUCCUGAAAUGUUACUGCAGACUUUUAAAAAGGCCUUUCAGAGACUCUUUGCAAUCCAAGUGGGUCUUCACUGGCUAUCUGAUGGCCUCAUAUAUAAAAAGGUCUAACAAAAAAAAAACCAUGCACGUCGAAUGUUAUACAGAGUUGGAGCUUGAGUUAUACUGUGUGUAAUUCAUAAACAGUGCAUCUGGAUAAUAUUUGUCCGUGCACUGAGGCACGAACUGAAAACUAAACCUUGAAGGUGUAAUCAAAGUGCAACUUUGCAAAUGAGGCGUAAGUUUUUCUGCCAUGCAAGACACACAACAGUUUAACGACAAGCUAACAUUCUUUUGAAGAUUUGAUUUUUUUUUUUUUUUUAGCACAAAUUAAGUUAUUUUGCCAACAACAGCUUAAGGAAACUGACUGUAACUGCUUUGAAUCCUAUCUACUGCUCGACCGUGUGAACCAACGUGACAGGCUCUUUGUAUUUAAAUCAGCUGAGUGGGACUGUUUUGUUUCUGGGUUUUUGUUUUUAGGGUUUUCUGUUGUUUAGUGGCAUCAAUUUUUCUGUUGCCAAACCGAAUCGGCUGACAUGCUCUAAUGUAUUAAAUACUGAAACAAUC